AUGAGCAAAUUCUAGAGACACUCAGCAUCAUAUGGCUCAGACCAUCAUGGAUACACACCUUUAAAUUUGCACAUAAACGUGAAGGAGGAGAGCACCAAAGAGGACUAAAACCUAUUUAUUUUUUGACGCUUUCAACCAGUCUUCCAGGAAAGAAGCUUCACCUCUACAUCACAGCAGGAGCGCAGAAGGGAAAAGAGAGCGAGAGGGAGCAGCAUUAGGAAAAAAUGCUGUGCCAGAUUCAUCUUUUUUAACACAUAAGCAAGGGAAAUACAAUCGUUUUGGUUUGGAAAAGAUGAUCUAGAGGGAGGCCUUGACAUCCUCCAUGCAUCGAAGCAACGGAUGCCCUCCUGCAUCUCUGCAUUUUUGCCAGCCAGAGCGGUACAUUUGGGGGCCGUGUAAUGUCUGAUUGAGUGUAUCAAUGCUGCUGCUGUGUGGAUCUCUUCGGCUGUGGAAAAAAACUAGGCCUUGUUUGCCUGCUGAUCUCCACGCAGGGAACGCGGAGCGCGGCUGUGUGCCUCAGCCUGUUGGGACUGUGCAGAGAGGAAGGGAGAAGCUCACCAUCUGCAUGCCUGUUGGAAGUAGCAUGCACAAUAAAGACAUCCAUUACCAAAGCUUGUGCACAAACCGGCGGGAGCUAUAACACCAGGAUGGUAGCCUGGUAAAGUCGUUCUCAUCCCUUUAAAACACCUAUACCUGAAAAAAGCACUGUUUUUUGUCCUCUCUAUGCGUUCUACUUGAAGGAAAGGAGGAUUUUUUGCUGUAACACUUCCUGCCUUGUUUAUCCCAGUCUUCCUCUUUCUCUUGCUCUUUUUCUUACUAUUGUUUUGCUUGCCAAUUGCAUUUUUUUUCCACUUGACAUUCUGAAGAUUUGCCAAAACCUGUUUCAUGCAUGUCCACUGGAGGCAGGUUUGACUUUGAUGAUGGGGGGUCGUACUGUGGCGGGUGGGAACAGGGAAAGGCUCAUGGCCGAGGGGUCUGCACGGGGCCCCAGGGCCAGGGCGAAUAUGCAGGGGCCUGGAGCCAUGGGUUUGAAGUUCUCGGAGUUUACACGUGGCCCAGUGGGAACAGUUAUAAAGGAACCUGGGCGCAGGGCAAGAGGCACGGCAUUGGUGUGGAGAGCAAAGGGAGGUGGGAGUACAAGGGGGAAUGGACGCAGGGGUUCAAAGGCAGGUACGGGAAGUUGGAGAGCACUAGCAGCGGCUCCCGUUAUGAAGGCACCUGGAGCAACGGCUUACAGGAUGGAUAUGGCUCGGAAACCUAUUCGGAUGGAGGCACAUACCAGGGCCAGUGGUUGAGUGGUAUGCGCCAUGGCUAUGGAGUGCGACAGAGUGUGCCUUAUGGCAUGGCAGCCAUCAUCUUCUCCCCUAUGUGCACCUCUAUAAACUCCCUACGGUCUGAUCACAGCGAAGGGGCCCCCACCCCAGAAGAUGGCUCUGGUGUCAGUGGGGUAUCUGGCAGUCCAGUUGGCCGCAGUGGCUUUGUAUUAUGUGCUCACAGUGAAGCAGACAGGCACAGGAAGAGGAAAGGCCGCUUCCGACAGUCCAUACUGAGCGGUUUAAAACUGCGGAGGUCUGAGUCCAAGAGCUCCCUGGCCAGCCAGUUAAGCAAGCAGAGCUCCUUCUGCAGUGAGGCAGGUAUGAGCACCGUCAGCUCAGCCGCAUCAGACAUCAACUCUAACGUCAGCUUAGGUGAGGCGGAGGCAGGGGGCAGCGUGGAUGCCACUGUCACCGAAACAUAUGCUGGCGAAUGGAGAAAUGACAUGCGAACGGGUUGGGGUGUAAGUCAUCGUUCAGAUGGACUUCACUAUGAAGGCGAAUGGUUUGGGAAUAAGCGGCAUGGCUAUGGCUGCACCACCUUUCCAGAUGGAACCAAGGAGGAGGGAAAAUACAAGCAGAAUGUCCUGGUGAGUGGCAAACGGAAAAACCUGAUACCGCUCCGUACCAGCAAAAUCCGGGAAAAGGUGGAUCGUGCUUUGGAAGCUGCUGAGAAAGCUGCAGAUAUCGCCAAGCAGAAAGCUGAAAUCGCAUUGUCCAGGAUGAGCCAUGCUAGAGGAAAGGCGGAGGCUGCAGAGGGAGUCGCACAAAGAGCCCUGGAAGAGUGUCGUCUGGCCAGGGCUAUAGCCAAAGAACUCCCCUCUUUCCAUCACUAUGGGAAUGGACUGGAAUGCCAGAGACCAAAGCACCAUGACAGGAAAGAGAAAGACCAUGAGGUGGUCUCCACUGGCACAGACAGCCCUGAGCUCUGCACACCAGACACAACACCCCCAGCCCAAACGCCAGACCUGAGCCCAGUUUUGAGCAGUCCCUCCUCGCCCCCCUGCAGUCCACCUACUCAUCGCAACAGGAAUGCUUGUUUCAUGCGUCAGAGUGCAGUGGAUGAACAAGGAGGGGCUGAGAUUCAGGUUCUAGUGGAAGGCAGAGGCAUGGACAGCAUGAGAGCUGGGGCUAACAGCUGGACGGCUGAGAUGUAUCCUCACAGAAGAGGAAGCAAAGGGGAGAGCAGUCGUUCCACAACUCCAUCCCUGCUGGAAGAGGAGAUUGGUCACAUUAAUGGACAUGAGAACUCCUCAACUCAUCACCCGUGGGAGAACGGCUCCUCUAAUCACAAACCCAUCGAGCAUAUGGCCCCUGAGAAGGUCUGGGAUCAAAUGUCCUCCAAUCAAAAGCCCUGGAAGCAUGUUUCCUUAAGUCAGAAAUCCAGGGAACAUGCAAUUUCUAGGGAGCGAGAGCAUAAACCAUCCAAUCACAACUCUGUUGAUUGUGAAUCUUCCAAGUGCAAACCACAGGUGCACAUAUAUUCCAAUCACAAGUCUGCAGGUCAUAAUAAUUUAUCCAAUCACAAGACCAUUGAGCAUGCUUCCACCAAUCACAAACCAAAGGAGUUUAUUUCUGCACAUGAAAAACCACACGUUUCUUAUCAUUAUAACCCCCAAGAGCAUGUUUCUUCCUAUCACAAACAACACGAGCAUGUCCACUCAAACCACAAGCCACGAAAGUCCUUCACCAAUCAUACGAUUGGUGAGCCUAGCUUGAAUGCAUACCAGCUCUCAGACCGUGGGGCCAACAACUCCACUCUGGAAUGGACUGUUGAAAACAAUUCCCAGUGGAUCUCUUCUCAUUCACAUCCGCAGGAGAAAGAAGGGGAAAAUGAUUAUCGGGUUGAAAUGAGGUUCCAGCCCCUAGACUCCAUUUCCCAACAGAACUUUGGCUCUGGCAUGAAAUGCUCGGGUCUCCAAGGGCACAAUUUGCAGAGACUACGUCAGCGAAACCAAGAAGGCAAAGAGUGGGGUCUUGCGGCCAGGGAGGGAUCCAUGGACUCUGUGCAGAUGCUUGACACUUUGAAUGUUGGGGUUGAUGUGGAGGAAUGGCCUUUGCACAGGGACAUUACUCUUUCACCCCCUUUAACGUCUUCUUUAGAACCACUGGAACAAGAAGGAGAGCAACUGAACCUGAUAAAGACAAACUCAGGCUCCAGCUCUGUCCUGGUGGUCAUGGUGAUAUUACUCAACAUUGGUGUAGCCAUUUUGUUUAUUCAUUUCUUUAUUUAAUCAUAUGGCCUAUAGAAUGUCAAUAACAGCAUUGAUCAUCAUCAAGAGAUAUAAGAUAUGCACACAAUGAUCACUUAGCACCACUAUUUUAAUAUAAGAAACCCAAACAAUUACAGUAGUAAAUGUCUGUGUAAGUUGGGCAAGUUCAUGUAAAUUGUUAUCUUCUUUUAUGGUUCAAUUUAUUCUAUAAUUCUAUUACAACUCAUUAGUUAACUUUGCUUACCUUUUUUCCCACCACUCAUAAUAAAGGUCCAUUCACAAUAUUCUGUAGAACUGAAGUAUUAUGCACAUUUAGGUUUUUUAAUAUGCAGAGCACGUCUGAUAUGUUUUACCACAUCUUAAACAGUUGCGAAAGAUUAUUUGGGACUUGUUUGUUUUCUUUUUAAAUGCACAUCAGGCCUGAGACAUUGAGUAACAAGACUCUGAAGAUUAUUGUGCAGAAAUGGUCUUGUGGUUUUAUGUAUUUUGAUAUAGUUGAUGUAAGGUGCAGUUCACACUAAUUUACGUAUAACCAACCAGUCCAAAACCACAUGCCCUCCUCCCACUGUAUUCCAGGGUACAGCCCUAUACGAUCGCUGCAGACGCUCAUUACGCCAUCCAACUCUCUCGUCUCCAUAGCCAGAUUCAACACACUAUAAGUCUGUGGUUACAGCUGUCUUAAAGGGCUUCAUCAUAGCGCAUUGUCAUGAUUAAACUCAUACACAAAUAAGCCUGCAGAAUUACUUCCACUCUAACGAAUCCCACCUCCUUUAGCAUCGAUAGUCACUGAAUUUCAGCACAAUCCAGUCGUGUAGUUCGUUUUGACUCACUGAUUCACCAUCGAAACACUGCUAUGCCAGACUCACUACGAAAGAAACGUCUGUGUUUUCUCGUACACCACACUAUCUGCUAGAUGACGUAAAAGUACAACAGGGGUGCAGCAGCGGUUGAGUAUUCCGGCUCAUGCUCGAUAAAGUUUGAGACUGUUACCUUAUGACCACUGCUUUGGAUAUAAUAUAUUAUUCUAUAUUACUGAACACUUAACAUAUUUGAACACGUUUGCAAGAUAUCAUUGAUAUGCUGAGUGCCUUUUUUAAUUGAGAAACCAUCCCAGCGAGCAGGUUGUGUACAGGUGGCCGCUCAUAAAGAGGUCACGAGAAACGGUUCGUCUCUCUCUCUCCCACCCCACCUCUGAACAAAAUCAAGUUGGCUUUCGAACUGAGCCUAAGCCUGUGGAGAUUUUUACAGCAUGUUUGUUAGCCUGUUCUCUUCUGCUGUUACUCUGUGUGAUUUUCUGCCUGUCUCUCUGUCCAGCAACUUAGAUACCAAUUGGGACUGAAAGCAGUGUAAAAAUACCAGCUUAUGUUUCUCAGUGGGACCUGACUGACAUUAUCUAAAUUAAUGAAUGAUAAACUGCUAUUGUAUAUUUUAUACUACUCAUCCAGUGAUAUCAUGUUGUGAGAUCAUUGCAUGCCUACGCAUGCCCUUUCUUACGCAAUGAUUUAUGAGAUUGUUUCCAAGUUAUGUGGAAAAUUAAUAAAAUGU